AUGGACUCCAUCAUUGCUCAGAUCCGAGUUCUUGCCCAAACCACCGAUGAAGCUGGUCGGUUGGACAUGAUUCAGUCCCUCACACGAUUGAAAAUUGAGCUUCAAUCUCCAAAAGAUGUCAUAAUGGAACUGGCAGUACCGGGAUCGACGAGUGCGAUGCUCCGAAUUUGUGCAGAUCUGGGACUCCUUCGCUCUCUCGCGAGAAGUGAUGCACCCUUGACUGUCACGCAAAUUGCGGAGCUGACUGGAGCGUCUCCUCUAUUACUAGAGAGGAUUCUUCGGUACCUAGCCGUAACAGACAUGAUUCAAGAGACGGGGGUCAAUGAAUAUACUGCAAAUAAGGUCACCCAUGUCUUGGCUGAUCCUAAGGGCGAGGCCAUGAUAUACCACGGAUACGACACGAUGGGACCUGUGUUGUAA